UUGACUUGAAAAUCUUUGAUCGGGAAACUCGUGAAGUUAGAGAGCCGCGUAAUAAUAGUAGUGGUUUCCACGACAUGGCCCCAUUAUUGUUGGAUAUUCCACCUCAGCCUAGAACAGCCGAAGAGAAAAAAGUUUUUGAAAAUUUGUGGUCUAUUCGACCAUGCUUUGUCUACAGCGAUGAAUAUGAUGAUUGCACCAGCAUUAAGGGUCGGUUUCACCAAUAUUUCAUUCAUGGAGAAAGCAUUGAUUGUACUCAGUGGAAACGGGACUUCGAUAACUGCGUUCGAUUCGAAAAGAAUACGCAGGAUACCAAAAGUGCACUUCAACUAGUCGAAAGCGAACGUCAGCGAAGAACAGAACGACUACGAGCACACUAUCGGAAUGAUGUGUGGAAAAAGAGGGAUCAUGUCCCGGAAGAUUGGUCCAAACCACUUCCUGAGAGCAUGCAAAAGGAAUAUGAACAAUCCUAUCUGGCUGCAAAAGCACAAGAACUUCGAGGGGAAAAAGCAGCUUCAAGCGGCAGCGAAAAGUCGUUUUGUACGAUAAUGUAGAUAGUCAAUUAGCAAUUUUUUUUUUAUUUUACCGUUAUAAAAUGUAGGAUUGCAGCGAAUGAAGCUUUAUUGAUUAGUCUUUAUGAUUACAAAUAUAGUAGAUACAAAUU